ACAAGUCCAGGACCAGCAACCAUCACAAGGCACUCUGAGACUGACAUAUCCCCUUCAACUUCUGAGGCCACUUUUGCUGAAGACUGAUCAUGACUUUGUCUAUACUUCUCUAGCACAGAUUCUUCCGCUAAUCCAACUGAGUGAUCUCCAUUUUCAUACCAGCCCCUAUCGUGCCGAACUGCGAUCAACAACAUGGAAAUACACGUGUAGUAUAGCCUGAACCCUCAACCUCUUCUCCUCUCCCUCAGCCGAACUUCAUCUACAGUCCCAGUCAUUCCACCUGCCUCCGUCUUUUCCUACCACUCAUCCUGAACCCCUCUCAAUUUCCGAUGCUGCGUGUCAUUCGUUGUCUGUUUCGUCCCACCAUCAUGCAUAGAGGCUUUGCAAGCCAAUAUAUCAGACUUGAAGACACAUCUGACGAAGGCAUCCACCUUCGACGAGUGGUCGUCGAGCUCUGUCCUCUGGGCCAUCAACACCGUCCCAGAGCACUUGACAACCUUGCGUGGGUUCUCGCAUUGCGUUUUCAACAACACGGCAGUAUUGAUGAUCUUGAUACGAGCAUACAACUUCGUCGUGAGGCCGUGUCUCUAUGCCCCGAGGGACAUACUGACCGUGCUGACUACCUGAACAACUUGGCCUUCUCGCUCGGAUACCGCUUCGAUCACCAAGGCAAACCUAAUGACCUCGAUGAGGUCAUCUCUUUGUACGAAGAAGCGCUGCGCCUGCGCCCUGUUGGGCACCAAUAUCGUGAUACCCCAUUGGACAACCUAGGGCUCGCCCUCAUCCGCCGUUUCAACAAACGCGGCGACAUUGAAGACAUCACCCGAGCUAUCAGCCUCUUUCGCGAGGCACUGACAUUGCGCCCACCUGAGCAUCCAGAUCGUAAUACCACGCUUAACAACCUUGCCCUCGCGCUCGACACCAGAUACGACAAAUUGCAUGUCAUUGAGGAUCUUAACGAGGCCAUUGAUCGGUAUCGCGAAUCCCUUCAGUUAACCCGGCAUGACCAUCCCGAGCGCCAUUCAAAUCUUGUCAAUUUGAGCGCGUCGCUCUGCUCUCGUUUCACGCAAGCUCGGGAGAAUGAAGAUAUCGAGGAGGCGAUUAAUCUCUGCCGAGAGUCGUUGGCGGCUCUGUCUUCACUUCAUCCGGACAGGUAUUUCAGCCACAUGCGACUGCAGCAGGCUUAUUUGUCUCGUUACCGGAUUCUACGCGAUGCUGCUGAUUUGUCGCUCGCUAUAGAGAACUUCAGACUGGCGUCAAGGCAUCCUACUCAAGGCUUUCCACGUCGCAUUAUGAUAGCAUGUAACUGGGUUAUCGCUGCAGAGCAACACAGUCAUACAUCUGCAUUGGAGGCCUACUACACAUGUUUUGACCUUCUUGACGGUCAUUUGGCAACACGAUCGUCGGCAACGUCACGACGCGAAGCUGCUGCUGCCUUCCAUUACGCCAGAUCAUUGCCUGUAGAUGCUGCAUCAUGUGCCAUACGCCGUGACAAUCUACAACACGCAGUGGAACUCGUGGAGCAGGGCCGUGGCCAGCAAUGGUCGCUGGCAUCUCGACUCAAGACUCCAGUUGAAGACCUCCAAUUAGCAAAUCCAAAAUUGGCGCACAAUUAUUUGGACCUGAGCAGGCGCAUUUCUAAUGCUGCCCAGAGUUCUGUGACCAUCACGGACAAAGCUGCUGCUGAUUGGGCAGCAGUCGAGUACAGGAGACUUACAAGGCAAUGGGAAGCUGCAGUUGCUGAAAUUCGUAAUCUUAAAGCGUUCUCGCGCUUCCUGCUCCCGCCUUCGUACGAAGACUUGCAAGCGGCAGCACGCCAGGGCCCUGUCAUCAUCCUUAUUGCCAGCCAAUAUUCGUGCAGUGCCAUCAUUAUUCCAACCUCAGGAGAACCCCGUCAUAUUCCCUUACCGUCUGUCACUCUCACUGAUCUGAAUAAUCUGAGGGAUCGCUUCGCCAGGGCCAUACGACACGCAUCCAUCAUGGGCCCAAAGUUGCCUCGGAACGAUCUGAUAGUCCUCUUGCGGACAGUAUGGGAAGAGAUCAUGCUCCCCGUCGUAAACGUACUCGAACAUGUACUUAAGCUAAAGCAUGGCUCUCGAAUCUGGCUAUGUCCAACUGCAGCUUUCACAUCUAUUCCUCUCCAUGCAGCUCACCCCUUUCAAACGAGGGCAGAUCGCUCUAAAGAGCCAUGCCUGGAGGAUCUCUAUAUCUGCUCUUACACGCCGACACUUUCGGCUCUCGUUAGAUCUAGACAGAUGAUGAAGAAGCGCGUCACUCCAUCCUUUGUGACAAUCGGCCAGGGUCAACCGGGUACGGGGAAAGGCAAGGCGCUCUUGGCUGUCGACAGCGAGCUCGAGCUUGUCCAUAAGCUCGUCCCUGCGACGGCCAACGGUACCACUAUUUCUGGUGACGCAGCCACACGAGCAGGUGCACUCAAAGCUUUGGAAGAGAACACCUGGGUGCACCUCGCUUGCCAUGGCAAGCAGGACCCUACGCAGCCUUACAAUUCCCACUUCGUCAUGAGAGACGAACAUCUGACGCUGCUCGAUAUCAUGGAGAAACAUGUCCCGCAUGCUGAGUUCGCAUUCUUGUCCGCUUGUCAUACCGCCGUCGGCGAUAAGGAGACGCCCGACGAGGUGAUUCAUCUCGCAGCUGGUCUCCAAUUUUCGGGGUUCAAGAGCGUCAUUGGCACGCUGUGGGAGGUCGACGAUUCUGUCGCAAAGCACGUUGUCAAAGCGUUCUACGAGAAUUUGUUCAAUGGUUUAGAGGAGGGUGGUGUCAUGGACUGUACGAAGGCGGCCUGGGCACUCAACCGUGCUACGCACGCUGUGAAGACGAAAGUACCGCUUGAGCAGAGGAUGGUUUUCAUUCAUAUCGGUGUAUAG